AUGACAUCAGUCGAACCAGAUAUUGAAAGUGAGGCAUUAUUAGAAAUAGCAGCUAAUGAUGCUUAUCAAGCCAUAAUUGAAGAAGAAGAAGAAGAUGUUGAUGAGGCUAACUCAUCUCAAGAUGAAGAUGUUAUUUGGUUAAGAGAACAAAUUGAAAACAAUAAAGCCAUCUCAUGGAUCAAUCGUCCAUCGGUUUAUAUUCUUGGAUUAGUGAUUUGUAUUUUCAUGAUUGCUUUUGCUUCCACCAUUGGAGUUAAACAAAUUAUACUUUUUAAAUUAGCUUGUAAUACAGUAGCCAAUUCUAAAGGAUAUUGUGACCCUAUUGAAACUCAAGUAUUAGUUUCAUCAUAUGAAAUGUAUUCUAUGGUUGGUGGUACAUUAGUUUCAUUAAUCCCCGUGGCUAAAGCAGGUGAAUUAAGUGAUAUAUAUGGUAGGAAACCUUUUUUCAUUGCCAUGUUUGUAUCGGCGACAACAUCUCAUUUAUGUUCAUAUCUUAUAUUUCAUCAUUAUAAUACUUUCCCAUUUAAAUUAUUAUUAGGAGCACAAUGGAUUUCUUCAAUAUGUGGAGGAAUGAUUAUGGUUCCAGCAUUAAUUGGAUCAUAUAUAUCCGAUAUUGUUGAAUCUCAAGGAAGAAUUUAUGCUUUAGGUUUAGGAAUGUCAUCACUUUUCAUUGGCCAAUCAUUAGGACCAAUGUUUGGUAAUUGGAUAAAUUCAAUUGGUAAACAUUUAAAUCAAGAACAAAAAGAAAAAAUUGGAAUUAGAGCAAUUACUACUUUAUCAUCAAUACUUCCUAGUGAAUUUUUUUUAUUGAAAAUAGAAAUCAUUAUUGAUAUUAUAAUUUGUAUUUAUGUCAUUACAUUAUUUCCUGAAUCUAGAAAUGCCAAAGCUAGAGCAAAAUCAAGAGCCAAUUCAAUAACUUCAUCGAGGAGUUCAAAUUCAAAUUCAAAUUCAAAUUCAAGCACAAGAGGUGGUGUUGGUGUUUUUAUUGGUACUGCUGGUGAUGCUGUUGAUCAAUUACAAGAAUUAAAUAAUCAACAACAAUCUUCAUCAAAAAGUAAAUUGAGUAUGUUUUUCAAUAUUUUCUCCCCCUUGGUUAUAUUAACUUAUCCAACUAAUUUAAUCAAUGAAAAUGGUAAACAUCGAGCAUCACAAUAUAGAUUUGUUGUUAUAUCAUUGAUUAUAUCUCAAUGUAUUAAUAUGAUGAUGAUAAUGACUCUUGGUCAAAUUUUAAUCCAAUAUGGGAUAUUUGUAUUUGAUUGGUCAAGUGAAGAUGUUGGUAAUUUAUUAACCGUAUUAGCAUCAACUAGAGCUAUAAUAUUAAUUGUUAUAUUACCAAUUUUCCAAAAUAAAAUUUUAAAGAAAAAAUUCAAAUUUAGAGUAUUGAAAAAACAAUUAGAUAUGAUUGAUUAUUCAUUAAUGUUAAUUGGAUAUCUGGUAGAUUUCAUUUUUUUAAUUUUAUUGGUAUAUACUAAAUCGACUACUCAAGUAUUAACUUUAGGAGCUUUUUAUUCAAUUGGUUCAAUAGCUCAUCCAACGACUCAAUCAACUUUAUUGAAAUUUUAUCCAACUUCAAAAAUCGGGGUGGUUUUUGGUGCUAAUACGUUAUUACAUAAUAUUGUUGGAGUAGUGGCACCAGUUAUGAUUAUGAAUUUUUAUUCUAAAACUUUGAAAAAUGGUUGGCCUGGUGCAGUAUUUAUUUUAUAUUCUUUAUUGGUGUUGAUUAUUAUAAUCCUUGUUGUUGUUAGUAAACGAGUAUUGAAAUUAAAUGUCAAUACUACUGAUGAGAGAUUAAUUAGAAGUAAUUCUUCAGUUUCAUUAUCAAGAUCUAAUGCAGCUUUAUAG